AUGGCUCCCUCCGAUAAGAAGUCGAAGAAGGCUCUGGAGAGCAUCAACUCGAGGCUGGCUCUGGUGAUGAAGUCGGGCAAGUACAGCUUCGGCUACAAGCAGACGCUCAAGGCCCUCCGAUUGGGCAAAGCCAAGCUGGUGAUCAUCUCCAACAACACGCCCCCGCUGCGCAAGAGUGAGAUCGAGUACUACGCAAUGCUGGCGAAGACCGGCGUGCACCACUACUCGGGCAGCAACAUCGAGCUCGGCACCGCCUGCGGAAAGUACUUUCGCGUCUGCUCCCUCACCAUCACCGACCCCGGCGACUCUGACAUCAUCAAGAGCAUGCCCUCGGAGAUUCAGUAG